CUCCGGGACGGUCGGGCCCGCCCCGCGGCACCGCCCCCACCUCCCCUGACUGAGCCCCUUCCUGCUGCUGCCCGCGCCGCUGACAACCGCCCGGCCGGGGCGCACGGAUCCGGCUGGAGUUUCCUCAAAGCGCGCGUCCGCUCACCAGCCUCUCCCGCCCGGCCCCGGGCUGCGUGCGAAGGGCGCAGGGGUCUGGCGGCAGCAGCACGGGGAGGGCGCAGGGGGGCGGGCGGCAGCAGUGCGUGGAGGAGGAAAAGGAGAGCCCGGAGGAGAGGACCGUCCCCGGAGAGAAGCCCGCUUCAGCCGCAGCAGCGAGCCCCCUCCGUCCUUCCCGCCCCGCAAACACGGAGAUGGCGGCGGCAGCUGCGAGAGGAAGCACCGGUUCUCCAGCGCCACUUGGCUCUCCAGCACCGGCUGCCACCGACAGGAGAGGGCGGCGCUACGGCCGCUGGGUCGAUAGGCGCCCGCAGCCCCAGAGCCCCGCGAGCGGCUGGCCCCGCCCCCUCCCGACGCGCCGGGAUGAGGAGGCGGGCCCCCCGGCGCCCAAUCAGAGCGCGCCGCCCGCUGGGCCCGCCCCGCGUCUGUCUCCCUGUGCCCCGGCGGUAG